UCUCAAAGAAGAUUUACUUCAAGUUAUCAUUAGGUGGGAUUUAGACAAUGUCAAUAAGCACGUACACAUAGAUUAAGGUUUUGCGGGUUCACAGAAUCUUCUCAAUAGCGUUGGAAACAAAAACAGUAUGGGUGAGAUAUCUUGCUCCACUGAACCAAUCAAUGGAGUGCUGAGUCGCUCAUCUUCAUCCCCACCACCUAGUGGCUACAGGAAGAGCUGUUGGUACGAGGAAGAGAUCGAGGAGAACUUGCGCUGGUGCUUCGCUCUCAACAGUAUUUUGCAUACAGGGUCGACCCAGUACCAGGAGAUUGCCCUGUUCGACACAAAACCCUUCGGCAAGGCGCUAGUAAUUGAUGGGAAGCUUCAGAGCGCAGAGGUGGAUGAGUUUGUUUACCAUGAAUGCCUUGUCCACCCACCCCUCCUUAAUCACCCUAAUCCAAAGGCAGUGUUCAUUAUGGGAGGAGGUGAGGGCUCGACAGCAAGAGAGAUCCUUAAACAUACAACAGUGGACAAGGUUGUAAUGUGCGACAUUGACGAGGAAGUGGUAGAGUUCUGCAAGGAGUACUUGGUCGUGAACACUGAAGCUUUUAAUGAUCCCAGGCUUGAUGUCAUAAUCAAUGAUGCCAGGGCCGAGCUAGAGAAGAGAAAAGAAGAGAAGUUUGAUGUGAUAGUUGGGGAUUUGGCCGACCCAAUCGAAGGAGGCCCAUGCUACAAACUCUACACCAAAUACUUCUACGAGUCCACUGUGAAGCCCAGGCUGAGUCAGGGGGGCAUUUUCGUCACUCAGGCUGGACCGGCUGGGAUUUUCAGCCACGCUGAAGUUUAUACCUGCAUCUACAACACUCUGAGGCAGGUGUUCAAAUAUGUUGUGCCUUAUGCUGCUCAUAUUCCUUCCUAUGCUGACACUUGGGGAUGGGUCAUGGUAUUGUUACAUUGUCUUCGAGUUUCCUACUUUUUUUUUUUUUUUUGGGUAUGUCAUUGCAUUUCAUCAUUUCCUCCAAUAAUCACAGGCUUCAGAUAGUCCAUUGGAGAUAAGUUGUGAAGAGAUGGAUCUGAGAAUCAAGCAGAGAGUGGAAGGGGAGAAUAAGUAUCUAGAUGGAACCACCUUCUCUUCUGUCUCUACUUUGAACAAAGUUGUUCGAAAUUCGUUGUUCAAUGAGACACAUGUUUACACGGAAGGAGCAGCAAGAUUUAUUUACGGUCAUGGCAAAAACGAGCUAUAAGUUCGACAAGAAGAAGAAGCACAGAAGGAAGAACCCAAAGAGAAGUUGUGAAGAUUAAGGGAUGAAGAAAAAACAACCAAGUGAAAUAUAUUAUAUGUGAUGCCUUUAUAUAUUAAGAAAAUGUUUUAAUUUUUCUUUAUUUGGGAUACAUGGUUCUCUUGUUAAGUUGAUCAUGUAGCCUCUUUUUGUUAUUCCUAAACAUCAUGAUAUGACAUAUUCUCGUUGUUUUGUGUUUCUUUGUGUGGGCACGAUU